CUGUCAUGAGUGACUCGGGGCUGGGACCCGUUUGAGUUUUCUGAUCUAUAUGUAUUAGACGUUAAUUGGAGCCAAAGCAAGGCAACACCGUCCCUAAGCAUGAUUCCGACAGAGGAUGCGUCUGCGAGGAAGAAGGAGAUAGAGGAGAAACUGAAACAGGAACAGGACACACUGACCUUUAUUCGCGAAAAUUUAGAGAAAAGCGAUCAACUGACCAAGGGCAUGGUGACCAUCCUGUCGUCGUUCGAGAGCCGGCUGGUGCAGCUGGAGAACUCCAUCAUCCCCGUGCACAAGCAGACGGAGAACCUGCAGCGGCUGCAGGAGAACGUGGACAAGACCCUGUCCUGCCUGGACCACGUGAUCAGCUACUACCACGUGGCCAAGGACACAGACAAGAUCAUCAGGGAGGGACCUGCUGGCAGACUGGAUGAAUAUCUGGCCUGCAUUGCUAAGAUUCAGAAAGCUGUGGAGUACUUCCAGGACAACAAUCCAGACAGCCCAGAGCUCAACACUGUGAAAGCGCGGUUCGAGAAGGGGAAGGAGCUGCUGGAGGCGGAGUUUCGGGGCCUGCUGACCCGCUACAGCAAGCCGGUCCCCCCUGUCCUGAUCCUGGACGCCAUCGGGGGGGACGAAGAGCUGGAGGUGCAGGAGGAGGUGACGCUGGACCACCUCCCCGAAGCCGUGCUUCAGGACAUCAUCUGCAUCUCCGGCUGGCUGGUGGAGUACGGCCGUAACCAGGACUUCAUGAACGUGUACUUCCAAAUCCGAUCCAAUCAGCUGGACCGCUCCAUCAAGGGGCUCAAGGAGCACUUCCGAAAGAGCAGCGCCUCCUCGGGGGUGCUAUAUUCCCCCGCCGUGCAGAGCAAGCGCAAGGACACGCCCACCAAGAAGCCCCCGAAGAGGCCAGUCUACUUCCCAGGGACGAUCCGGAAGGCUCAGAACCUUCUGAAACAGUACUCUCAGCACGGGCUGGAGGGGCGAAAGGGGGCGUCGACCCUCCCUCCUCUGGAAGGUCACGAUCACGACCUGCGGGUCAAACACCUCACCGAUGUCCUGAGCGAGAAGCACGGGGCGGCCGCAGGGAAGGACGACGUAAUGGACAUCGAGAUAGACUCGUACAUCUACUGCAUCAGCGCCUUCGUCAAGCUGGCCCAGAGUGAGUACGUCCUGCUGACCGAGAUCAUCCCCGAGCACCACCAGAAGAAGACCUUCGACUCCCUCAUCCAGGAGGCGUUGGACGGGCUGAUGCUGGAGGGGGAGAACAUCGUUUCGGCAGCCCGGCGGGCCAUAAUGCGGCACGACUACUCGGCCGUCCUCACCAUCUUCCCCAUCCUGAGGCACCUGAAGCAGAACAAGCCGGAGUUCGACGCCACGCUGCAGGGCACCGCUGCCAGCACCAAGAACAAGCUGCCCACCCUCAUCGCCUCCAUGGAGACAGUCGGAGCCAAAGCGCUGGAGGAGUUCGCCGACAGCAUCAAGAAUGACCCUGAUAAAGAGUACAACAUGCCGAAGGACGGUACGGUGCACGAGCUGACCAGCAACGCCAUCCUGUUCCUGCAGCAGCUGCUGGACUUCCAGGAGACAGCAGGCGCCAUGCUGGCCUCCCAAGUCCUUGGGGACACUUACAAUAUUCCAUUAGACCCCCGAGAGACCAGUUCAUCUGUGAGCAGUUACAGUUCUGAGUUCAGCCGGAGACUGCUCAGCGCGUAUAUUUGUAAAGUUCUGGGUAACCUGCAACUCAACCUGCUCAGCAAGUCCAAAGUGUACGAGGACCCAGCCCUGAGCGCUGUCUUCCUGCUGAACAACUACAACUACACGCUCAAGUCACUGGAGAAGUCGGAGUUGAUCCAGCUGGUGGCUGUCACCAAUAAGAAGGUGGAGAGCUCGUACCGCGAGCUGAUUGAGCAGCAGGUGCAGGUGUACCAGCGCAGCUGGUGGAAGGUGAUGGAGCACCUGAUGGACAGGAACAUGCCCACCUUUCAGCCGGGCACCAAGCUGAAAGAUAAAGAACGACAGAUGAUAAAAGACAAGUUCAAGGGUUUUAAUGACGGGCUGGAGGAGCUUUGUAAGAUCCAGAAGGUGUGGGCCAUUCCUGACACCGAGCAGCGUGACGCUAUCCGCCAGGCACAGAAGAGGAUGGUGUCCGAGGCCUACAGGAACUUCCUGCACAGAUAUUCCAGCAUAUCGUUCACCAAAAACCCAGACAAGUACCUCAAGUACAAGCCGGAGCACGUGGAGGAGAUGAUCGAGAGGCUAUUCGACACCUCAGCCUGAGCCACAACCCUGUGCCACACCCCCCUCCCCCCGCCAAGACCAUGCCCUGUGACCUCACAGACUGCCGCUUUGCCUUCUGGGAGUGAAAAAUGCCUUCUUUAUACAAAAGACAUUAUUUAUGUAUUAUUUCUUUCACGCCUUAUUAGGAGAUUCUGAAUGCAAUAAAGG